AUGAAUGCAACUCGAGCGUCGGAUGUGUUUCUUGAUUCUCUACCAUACAUUGAUCAGGAGAUCGAGUAUGAAGGAAUGCGGGAAAAGGUUGACAAACUGGUUGAACAAGAAAUGAAACGUACUCCACGGAGAGAUUUAGCACAGUUUCCUUCCAACCUUGAAUUAUUUAAAAAUUCGCCCGUUCUCUCUUCGUAUUAUCAACGUAUUCAACAAGGGAAAACCAAGUCAGAUUUGGAUACUGCACGAUAUACACUACCUACUCCUGCUAAUACCAACGACAUUGAAGAAUGGAAAAAGGCUGUUGAUAAUUCGAAAGCACAACUCGAGCAUUCUAAUUUUCGAUCUGUCAAUAUAGCAUUAAUACAAAAGUACGGAGGCAAUGCCUGGCGCACGCACAAUUACCAAUUGGAGGGCGAAUUACAACGAAUGCAGUUUGCACUCGAACAAUAUCGAACAGAAAUAUUAGAAGUCAACAAACAGCGUAAAGCUCAGCAAUUGCAAGCAGGACGACAACUCCACGCACUAGAACAGAAAUGGACCGAGUUGAUUGGACAUACUAUACAAGUCGAAGUCGCAUGUGCAACUCUGGCCAAGGAACUGGAGCAGUUGAACUUGUAUGAAGAGCAACUCAAAAACGAGUUGGGCAUGAGUAAUUUGGAGAUUAGGGGAGAAGACAUUGACAAUGACAACAAUAAAGAAGCGGAGUGA